UGGCCAAAGAGUUCUGACAACAUGUGGAUCCGGGUGCGCACCAUGGACGGGAGAAUGACCCGAACGGUGACUCGUCUGUCUAAGCUGACCAAGGUGCAAGAGUUGAGGCAGAAGAUCCAGGAGCUGUUCCACGUGGAGCCAGGCUUGCAGAGGCUCUUCUAUAGGGGCAAGCAGAUGGAGGAUGGCCACAGUCUCUUUGACUAUAACGUCCGCCUGAAUGACACCAUCCAGCUCCUGGUCCGCCAGAGCCUUGUGCUGCCCCCUGCAAUCAAGGAGAGGGACCCUGAGCUCUCAGACACGGAUUCCGGCUGUUGUCUGGCCCAAAGCGAGUCUGACAAGUCUUCCAACCAUGGCGAGGCGGCUGCUGAGACAGAGAGCAGAGUGGACCUGGGGGAUGAGGCCACAUGGGUCGAGGCAGGGCUGUACAAGGUCAAUGAGUACGUCGAUGCUCGGGACACAAACAUGGGGGCUUGGUUCGAGGCGCAGGUUGUCAAGGUAACACGGAAGGCACCUUCCCAGGAUGAGCCCUGCUGUUCUACCUCUAGUCCAGCCCCCGAAGAUGAUGUCAUUUAUCACGUGAAAUAUGACGAUUACCCAGAGAAUGGCGUGGUCCAGAUGAGUGCCAGGGAUGUCCGGGCUCGUGCCCGAACCAUCAUCAAGUGGCAGGACUUGGAGGUGGGCCAAGUGGUCAUGCUUAACUACAACCCUGAUCUCCCCAAGGAGCGGGGCUUCUGGUACGACGCAGAGAUCACCAGAAAACGAGAAACCAGGACAGUGCGAGAGCUAUAUGCCAACGUCAUGCUCGGGGAUGAUUCUCUUGAUGACUGUCGUAUCAUCUUUGUGGAUGAAAUCUUCAAGAUUGAGCUCCCAGGCGAAGGGAGCCCCAUGGUUGAGAAUCCCAUGAGACGGAAAAGUGGGCCCACCUGCAAACACUGCAAGGACGACAUGAGUAAGCUCUGCCGAGUCUGCGCCUGCCAUGUGUGUGGGGGCCGGGAGGACCCUGACAAGCAGCUCAUGUGUGAUGAGUGUGACAUGGCCUUCCACAUCUACUGCCUCUGCCCGCCCCUCAGCAGCGUUCCCAGUGAAGAGGAGUGGUACUGCCCUGAGUGUCGGAACGAUGCCAGUGAGGUGGUGCUGGCAGGAGAGAAACUGCGCGAGAGCAAGAAGAAGGCGAAGAUGGCAUCGGCCACGUCGUCCUCACAGCGGGACUGGGGCAAGGGCAUGGCGUGCGUGGGCCGCACCAAGGAGUGUACCAUCGUCCCAUCCAACCACUAUGGACCCAUCCCAGGGAUUCCUGUGGGCACCAUGUGGCGCUUCCGAGUGCAGGUUAGCGAGUCAGGUGUUCAUCGGCCCCAUGUGGCAGGUAUCCACGGCCGCAGCAAUGACGGAGCAUACUCCUUGGUCCUGGCAGGGGGCUAUGAAGAUGACGUGGACAAUGGGAAUUUUUUCACAUACACAGGUAGUGGUGGUCGAGAUCUCUCCGGCAACAAGAGAACUGCAGAACAAUCUUGUGAUCAGAAACUCACCAACACCAAUAGGGCGCUGGCUCUUAACUGCUAUGCCCCCAUCAACGACAAGAAAGGGGCCGAGGCCAAGGACUGGAGGUCAGGGAAGCCGGUCAGGGUGGUGCGUAACAUGAAGGGUGGCAAGCAUAGCAAAUACGCACCCGCCGAAGGCAACCGGUACGACGGCAUCUACAAGGUUGUAAAGUACUGGCCAGAGAAGGGGAAGUCUGGGUUCCUGGUGUGGCGCUAUCUCUUGCGAAGGGACGAUGACGAGCCCGGCCCCUGGACCAAGGAGGGCAAGGACCGUAUCAAGAGGCUGGGGCUGACUAUGCAGUAUCCAGAAGGCUAUUUGGAAGCCUUGGCCAACAGGGAGAAGAACAACGGUGAGAGGGAGGCAGAGGAAGAACAGCCGGAGACAAGCAGCUUUAGAUCCCCCAGAAUGGGCAAGGGCAAGUGGAAGCGGAAAUCGGCAGGAGGUGACCCGAGCAGGGCUGGGUCUCCGCGCCGGGUGCCCAAGAAAACCAAGGUGGAGCCCUAUGGCCUGACGACCCAGCAGAACAGCCUCAUCAAAGAGGACAGGAGCAAUGCCAGGCUGUGGACAGAAGUCCUGAAGUCUCUCAAGGAUGGACCGGUGAGUGGGUCCCCAUUUCAGAUGUUCCUGAGAAAGGUGGAGGAGGCAUUCCAGUGCAUCUGCUGCCAGGAGCUGGUAUUCCGGCCAGUCACGACUGUGUGCCAGCAUAACGUGUGCAAGGAUUGCCUGGACAGAUCUUUCCGGGCCCAGGUGUUCAGCUGUCCAGCCUGCCGCUAUGACCUGGGCCGCAGCUAUGCCAUGCAGGUGAACCAGCCACUGCAGACCAUCCUCAAUCAGCUCUUCCCCGGCUAUGGCAAUGGCCGGUGA